AUGGAAAGGAUUGAACUAGUUGAAAAAGUUGUGAUUGUUCCUGAGCAACCAACACCCCGUAAGAGAAUGUUCUUGUCAAACAUCGAUCUGUCGCUCGUUGUUUACCAAGAUUCUUCCUCUUUCUUUGAUCCUCCAAGCAACCAAAUGAGUUUCUCUGAGAUUUGUAGCAAGUUAUAUGGUGCACUCGGUAAAAUGCUUGUGCAUUAUGAUUUUAUGGCUGGCCGACUCGUGCCAAGUUUGGAAGAGCAUAAUCGAUUUGAAAUUGAUUGUAAUGAUGCCGGUAUUGUUGUUGUUGCGGCAAAAACUGAUCGAAAGUUGUCUGAAUUUGGUGUUAUUUCAGCACCUAAUCCAGAGUUAAGGGAAUUGGUUGUUUUCUUGCAUGGUGAUGAAGAUACUAACUUGAAAGAAAAACCCCUUGCUUCAUUACAGCUGACACAAUUUGGAUGUGGAAGUUUGGCACUUGCUUCUCAUUACAACCACUGCAUACUAGAUGGUAAAGCAGUAAGAGAGUUUGAGGCAAAUUUAGCGUCUUUAACGCGCGGUGACGACCUCAUCACAGUACCUAAUGCAGACAGAACAUUACUUAGAGCAAGAAACCCACCAAAGAUAAGUCAUCCACAUUUUGAAUACUCAAAAUCUACAAACAUAGAAAAUUUGUUCACAAUACGCGGCACAACUAGCACCAAUGUUAAAAAUUCCGCAGCUGAGAAUCAAAUUCAUGUGCUUCAUUUAUCACCACAAAAAAUUGCAAGCUUCAAAAAGAAAGCACAAGAGAACAAAACCUUAAAAAACAUCACAACAUUUCAAGUUGUUGCUGCAAAAAUAUGGAAAGCAAGAACCAUAGCGACAAAGAUGGACGAUGAUAAAGUAUCAACAAUGUUGUUUCCAGUUGAUGUUAGAAAAAUGGUUGUUCCUGAACUUCAAAAUGGGUUUGCAGGUAAUGCAUUGGUUCCGGGUUUCGCAAGAGCGACUGUGAAGGAGUUGAUUGAACUAGAAGAUGAUUUUCUUAUAAGGAAAGUGCAAGAAGGGAUUGAAAGAUUGAAUGAUGAGUAUAUUAAAUCAGGUAUAGAUUGGUUAGAAGUGAAUAGAGGAGUGCCUUGUAAGGAAGAUGGUUUUUCUUUGGUGGCAUGGUGGAGAUUAGGGUUAGAGAAUGAAGUUUUUGCUUGGGGUACAUUGAAAUGUGCUACUCCACUUAUAGUUAAGCCUGGUUUGGUUAUCAUGUUGCCAGGGACAAAAGAUGAAGGGGCUAGGGCCGUUCUUUGGAGGAGUGCAAAGAGCUCAACCGAGCUGGGUCUUCCAAAGUGA